AUGGACAUCAUCGUCAGGAAGGAAGGCGGCAUGAUUGCAUGGCAUUGCGCUCUCGCGGUGUCUGUGGUAGUUCUUGGAUGGUGGAAGCCGUGGAAGAUUGGUAGACGCGAUAGAAAGCUCCCACCAGGUCCUCCGACCUCCUUCCUUCUCGGAAAUGCGCUUCAAUUCCCUCGAUUGUUUCCCCAUCAUCGAUUCACGGAGUGGGCUAAAGAAUAUGGAGACAUCUUCUCACUCAAAAUCUUCAACGAGACUAUAGUUGUUCUGUCCAGCGCGGAAGCGCUUCGAGCGAUCCUCGACAAGCAAGGCGCCGUCACCGGGAAUCGCCCCAAGUCACAUAUCAUAGAACGAACAGAGGGGAUAUACACAGUCUUUGGGAAUAUGGAGUCCCAUUCCUGGAAGUCCAGUCGAAAGGCCGCCCAUAUGCUUCUCACCCCCGACGCACUCAAAGCCCACCUCCAUACCCAGCGCCCAGAGUGGGCCCAGUUCCUCACCGACUUACUCGACUCCCCUGAUGACUUGUUUACGCAUAUACGACGCACGUCGGCUUCAAUUAUGACCACCAUUAUAUACGGCAGGCGCUGCCCUGAGUACGCCAACAGCCCGGCAGAACGUUUCUUCCAGGGCACGCAUCUGUUGAACAAGGUCGUUGACGCAUUUACCCAUCCCCCGAUUGACCUUAUCCCCGCUCUACAAUAUGUGCCCACGCGAUGGGCGAAAUGGAAGCAGCUGAGCAAUCAAACCAAGGCCAUCCGCAAUGCGCUGUUUACGGAGCUCCUCGAAGAGUGCGAGGCGAGGCUGGCGUCAGGUCGAGGGCUCACAGGGUGCUUCAUCGAGAACGUUAUCGAGAACAAAGUCGAGUUGGACAUGGAUCGGGAUGAAAUCAAGGCCUCAGGCAAAGUCCUCAUGGACGGCGGGACAGAAACUACCGCGUCCCUCUUGCAAACCUUCAUUCUCGCAAUGAUCAACUUCCCCGCCGUCCAGAAACGCGCACAGGAAGAGAUAGACAGGAUCAUUGGCGGGGAACGCGUCCCCAACCUCGACGACUUCGACAAGUUGCCGUAUCUCAAGGCAGUCAUCAAAGAAGUACAUCGUUAUCGGCCUUCGUUUCCGCUUGGGAUGCCCCAUGUCACCACCCAGGACGUCGUCUACAAGGAGUAUGUGAUCCCACGCGGAACCAUUAUAUUCACCAAUCUAUGGGGCAUGCACCGCGAUCCACACAAAUUUGACGACCCAGAGGCCUUCAAUCCCGAGCGGUAUCUCGCCACGAAGUAUGGUACGAAGACGGACGAGGACGGCGCCGACUUUCGGGAUAACAUGCAUUUUGGGUCUGGGCGACGACUGUGUCCCGGGAUCGAAAUGGGGUCGAGGAACCUCGCUAUUAAUACGAUGAACAUGCUGUGGGCGUUCAGCUUCAGCAAGGACGAGACAUCGCCAACGGGAGGCAUUGACCUUGACUCCGCGUACCAGAAGCCUGGGAUGGUGUUCUCUCCCCUGCCGUUUAAGUGCAACGUCGUCGUGAGGGACGGGAAGCGGGAGCAAUUGAUCAGGGACUGGCACGCGGCUGAGACUGCGCUGACUGCUUCAUAG